UUGAAGGUGUUUGUUCUCGCUACUCCAACUGGAAUUGUAUUGGAUUUCGAAGUCUACCAAGGAAAAAACACCUUCGUCGGCAGAGACACAGGACUUGGAAUAGGAGCAAGUGCAGUUCUUCGGUUGACUGAGUCCAUUCCCAGGGGAACUCACCUGUACUUUGACAGGUACUUCACCUCAAUAAAACUACUGGAUAAAUUGCUAGAAAUGGGUCUGCCUGCAAGUGAGGAACUGAUUGCCCAGGGGCAGUCAGGCCAACCCAAUCCAAUUGAAUCUGAUGCGUCGAAUGAUGAGGAGUACGUUCCAUCACAGAAGAGAAGGAGGCCCCAGCCAGAUAAGGAACUCCAGGCCCUGACAUACCAGCUGCUGUUUAAAUUACUCCCCCCACCGCAGAGCCCCAUCCCAUUUAAAAUCUUCUGCAACCAAAGAGUCCAACAGCUCAGCAAGGAAAUCAUGAGGCUUAAUGCCCUGCUACACAACGCCUCGCAAAAGGAAAACCAGCUGCAAGAGGAGGUCAAUAAUGAGAGGAUGAAGACAAAGGAAGCGCAGAGCUCUGUAGAUCAGUUAGUGGCCGAAAACACCAAAACCAAUGACCAACUGACACAAUUACAGAGUGAGCUCAAAAGCAGGCAGUGGGACGUCCUCGAUGAACACACCGCUCUGAGUAAUGAGGUGGAGGAGCUGUACAGCAAGUUAAACUAUCAGAAAGCUGUAAAAGAAAAGGAUAUAUCCCUCCUCCGCCAAGAACUACAAAAGAAGGAAAAGCUACACAAGGGCGCCACCGACAAAAUCCACCACCUGGAAACUGCUCCGGAAGUUGAGAAGCGUCGAGCAGUGGAAGCUCAGAGAAGCUUCCAUAAGAAGAAAGGGAGCUCCGUGGCUCAGUUAGUAGCCGAAAUCACUAAAACAAAGGCUGAGCAAGUAAAAACACAGAGUGAGCUGAAAAACAAGCAAAGUAACGUCAUCGCCAAAAACACCGUUCUCCGAGUUAAUCCACCACCUGGAAACUGCUCUGGAAGCUGA